AUGCCCACUGUCAUCCUCCAACCCGGGACUGAACCCCGCCGGCUAGGGGCGCAGGAAAGUGGCCAGGGGCGCUUCGGGGCAAACCCAACGCGCCGGGAGCAGGUAGAUAGUCCCCGCCGGGCAGCCCCGCCCCUCCCCGAGUCCUCCUCCCUCCAGUCCUCCACCCCGACCGGUGUCCAGGCCCUUCUCUCAGCAGAAGUCGGCCCCGGUAGGACAGGGCGCCUGGGGGACAUGCCGGGCCGCCUCGCAGGACAGGCUCGGGUGGGACGGACGGCGGCCGCCCCGCUGCCCGCUCGGGAUUACCUGCCCGCGCCGGCCGCUUACCUCGUUAGCUCCCUAAUGAAGCUCCGGCGGCCAGUGUGUUCCAUCUCCUAG